AUGUAUAAAGGAGUAAUAGAUUCUCUGCACAACAAAGCCGGACAGGCCAAUGCAAGGAUAGGGAAAAUGGUUAUAUUACCGUUUCCGUUUAGCGGGAGUCCGCAAGCUUUGCAACAAAGUUUCAUGGAUGCAAUGGCAAUAUUGCAAAAAUAUGGCAAACCGGAUUUAUUCAUAACCAUGACCUGCAAUCCUAAAUGGAAGGAGAUUGUUGAAAAUCUGAAACCUAGUCAAACUGCAACGGAUCGACCAGACCUCAUAGCGAGAGUAUUUCAUCAGGAAGUGAAGGAGUUGAAGGCAGAAUUAAUUGUCAAAGUGGUAUUUGGAAAAUGUUCUGCCUAUGUUUAUGUUGUUGAAUUUCAAAAACGAGGCUUGCCACAUGUUCAUACAUUGUUUUGGCUGGAUGAGGAUAGCAAAAUUUAUGAUGCAAAUGACGUUGAUGAAAUAGUCUCUGCGGAGAUACCCGAUAAGACAAGAUAUCCGUUACUAUAUGACAUUGUCAAACAAUGCAUGAUACACGGCCCAUGUGGCCAACAAAACGUGAAUUCACCCUGUGUGGAUAUAAAAACAAAUCGAUGUAUUAAACGAUUUCUUAAAGAUUAUGUGUCGGAAACAAAUUAUCAUUCGAAAGGUUAUCCUGUAUAUCGUAGACGAGAUGACGGAAACGUUAUUGUUUUCGAUGUAAAGAAAGAUGGGACACGUAGAACUGCUAACAAUAGAGACGUUGUGCCGUAUAAUGCGUAUUUAUUGUUGAAAUUUAAUAGUCACAUUAACGUCAAGAUAUGUUCGACGGUGCAAUGUAUUAAAUAUUUAUUUAAAUACUGUUAUAAAGGCCAUGAUUGUGCAAUUAUUGAACUACAGAACGGGCAAGGAGAUAAUAAUGUGAUAUACAAUGAGGUUGACGAAUAUAUAUCGACACGAUAUGUUUGUCCACCUGAGGCAAUGCAUCGUCUAUAUGAAUAUCCUAUGGAUGAACAGUCUCACGCUAUAUAUAGAUUGGCAGUUCAUGUAGAAGAUGAACAAAUAGUAUAUUUCGAAGAGGGUCACGAAAAAGUAGCCGUAGAUAAGAAUAAGGAAUCUACAUUGCUCGCAUGGUUUACUUUAAACACUACUGACGUUGAAGCACAGUGGGUGAAACGGAAAAAGUUUGUAAAACCUGUUUUGAGUAGAAUGUAUUUUGUGAGUCCUAAGGAAGCGGAGCGUUAUUAUUUGAGAGUUUGGUUAUUACAUGGUCGAGGAGCUCAAUUGUUUCAAGAUGUGCGCACAUGUGAUGGUACAAUAUAUCCAACCUAUUUGGAAGCGGCAGCUGCGCGUAAAUUAGUUGCUGACGAUGAAGAAUGGGAUAAAUGUCUUGCUGAAGCGUCGACUCUCAAAUUUCCGACCGAGAUGUGUAGAUUAUUUGCAUACAUAUGUGUAUUUGGUAUGCCGAUCAAUGCUCGCCAAUUAUUCGAAAAAUACAAACGCGAGUUUGUUGACCGUAACGUAUACAACAAACAAAGCGAAUAA